AUGUCAUCACCCAAGAGAGAACCUCAGGGAAAGGGCAUUGCAAGACCUGCCAUCAUGCAAAGCAAAAGAGAAGACAAGCUUGACUUCUCAUCAAAAUGCAGUGUGGAAUGUGUAACCACAGCAUUACCAGCAUUUAAGCAAGAAACCUCACUCUUCCACCACACACUUACAAACAGGGCCCUGUCUCCACCACAAUAUGAUCCAUCUCUUCUUAAACUACCUCAGUUAGUAUCAAAGGUGGGAGUUGAGCCUGCAGUCAGAGAGUCUGUGUGGAAGAAAGGACCCCGUUUGAUGGUAUCUGCACUAAGUGCUGAUAUUCCUGUCAAAGCAGUGCAACACAUUGUCAGUAAAUUCGAUUUUGACCAUGAGAAACCCAUCAUGCCACAGGAAAGGACUAAAACCAGGAAUAAAUGCAGACCCAAAUCCAAACCACUCACUGGAACUGAGGUGGUUGAGAUUUUAGCAAAGAAAAAACAUCGGGGAGAAUAUGAUUUUUAUGAUUUGAAGGCUUCUGAAGAUGGUCCUUACAGACCAUAUGACUUGCACGUGGUCCCAAGCAGUGCAGCUGGCACAGAUUACUACACCUUCACCCCUGCCAGCGUAAUUCAUGUGCAGGAUGGAUGCUGUGUUGAGCUGUGGACCCUAACAGAGUGGUAUCGAGAGUCUGUGUUAUGGCGGGUGCUGAGAGACAUCCCAUUUUUCAGAGAUGAUUUACUUCGCAAGACUUUCAAAAGGUGGCACAGGAACUAUUUGACUAUACUCAUUUUAAUUUUUCUUAGAUUAAUCGAGGAGCUAAAGCAAAUCAAUUGGCUACCACAGGACGAUUCAAGGACUUAUACCCUCUUAGAUUUCCAAACUGCACUCCUGGAAAAGAAUCAGGCAGCUCAAGUUUCUUUAGAUAGUUUCCUAGAUUGCCGUGCUGUAAUUCUGAAUAUGGUAAAGGAUAAGAGUUAUCAAGCACGUCAAGAACUCCAAAGGAAAGUGGAACACUCGAAGCUUAACCAUGGCAGACAAUCCAUAUACCUUCAUCACACCUACCUUAGAAACCUGCAGAAAGAGCUCAGCCAGGCAGAGCGAGCCCUUCAGCAGCUGGAAAACCUAGCUGCUCUAGCUGACUGCAUGACUAUUCAAAACCUUGUCACCAUCUCAAAGCAGGAGGUCACAACUUUCCUAAACAAUGUUUUAAAGAGAGAGCAGGAACAACAGGGCGGCCUCUUCCAGGCAGAGAUUGUAUUUGGAGUAGAUGGCCAGCUUACCGUUUUUCCUCCAUUGCACUUGUUCCAGGAAGUUUUGUUUGGAGCAGUGCUAUCUGUAGUAGAUUCUGUCCUGCUGGUGUUUGAUUCAUGGAGUUUGUCAUAUGAUGCUAAAGGCCAAAUGCUUAAAAGUUCCACGUUCAUCAGUGGUGUUGAAGACCUCGCCAGCAGAGCAUGUAACAUCAUGACUACUGGCACUACAGACAGUGGUUGUGCAGGUCCUAGCAGAGUUGUCUCCCAAAAAGAGUGUAAUAUGUCACCCCAAACCAUUGUGCCAGUCAAAAUGAACUCCCUCAGAAUUGAGGCACAAAGAGUGCGAGGGUACUAUCAUUCUCUGUCACGGAGACAGCUAGAAUGGAAUUUGAAACUCCAUAUUGGCACAGAAGAGAUUCAAAAUGAGCUGACCAAGAUUACACAGGAAGCCAUUGCAGAGGUGCACCAACUAUGUGAGAGCCACUCUUGGUUGAUAGAUGUUCUUGUAUUCACCAGCCAGUGGGGUUCAACAGCUCUGGAGGCCUUGCAAGGAGGUUCCUCCAUGAAAUAUGAGGAACAAAUCAAGAAACUUCAUUUUUGGAUGGAUAGAGUUCACAGCAUGCCAUCAUCCUUUACCACAUUGAAUAAACUGUUCACUGUUAAGAUCUCCAACAUCCAGGACAAGAUGGGUUCCUUGUUGAGCACCAUUGAUGAGGAUGUGCUAAAUCUACUGUCUGAAGAUUUGCACUCACGCUCUAAGAACUUGGCUUCUGAGCUGAAAAGAGCUGUGGAAGUCAUGAAGUCUGAGCCAAAUAACUUUGACGAUUUCACAAUUUUUACAAAUAUGGUAAAGCACAGUGAGAGGACAUCAGAUGAUAUGAAGCAGAGACUUGAAGACCUCCACUCUCUACAACAGGCUGUGUGGAGGAAUUAUACACACAUUGUGACAUCAGAUGGAAUGCUCUUUUUAAAGCAGAUGGAUGACUUGUGGAAUCAGUUUGUUCCACUCUUGAAACAAGCUGCAGACAUAGAAACCCAGCAGCUUCCUUCUAGAAUUAAUACACUGGACAGCAACGUUUCCUCAUUAACAAACACAGUACAUAACCUGGUUUCAAGAGCCACCUCUGGAGCCUACCUUGAGCCUGACCAGAAUGCCAAGGAAAUGCUUGUCCAGCUCAAUGCAUUGUGCAUUCAAUUAAAUAUAACUGCUGAACAGCUAAAGGAUCAGAGCAGAGCCAGUGAAAGCUUGAGAGGGCACCCACUAGAUCUUACUUUUGUGACUGAAGCACAGCAGAAUAUAGGAGCAAGAAAAGGCCUCUGGGAGCUUAUGAAUGUUUCCUCCACACAAAUCCAAGAGUGGAAGCUACUGAGGUUCAGCAAGUUUGUGGUGGCUAAAGCCCAACACAAGGCUAGUGAAUGGCUGCAACAGGCAGAAGCAUUUGCGAGAGUUAUUCCCUCACAUGAUGCCGUGCUACAGAAAACCCUACAGAUUUUGCAGGGAUUCGAUCAGCUACUCCCUGUAUUAAGCAAGCUAUGCAGCCCCACACUGAAACACAAACACUGGAGAAACAUCUCAAAGGGAAUCAGCCUGCUGUAUGAUCCAGAACUGAAAUUAACACUGGCUGAUCUUAUGUCCAAAGAAUUACAAGAGCAUCAAAAUGAAAUAAACAAGAUCUAUCUAGACGCCAAAGCUGAGGCAGAUAUGGACCAGACAUUCCAAACACUUCAAAGCCACUGGAAAGGGGCAGCAUUUUGUCAUUCCAGGUUCAUUAUUGCUGUUCAGCAACAGCACUAUCCACAACUAGGUGAUGCAAAGGGGGUAAACACUUUUCCUUCUCAUGACUCACCUCGCAAUGCACUAAAGCAUCACAUUAGGGAUGGUGGAACCUUCACUAUUGUUGGUUUAGAGAUUCUUUUGGCUCAGACUAAGGAAAGUGUUUUGAUCCUUUCUGAGAUGUUGCAUUCUCCACAUGUUGCUGAGUUUCAAGAGGUUGACCACUGGCUGCUGCUUUUACAGGAGCUGGAUGAAUUGCUGGAUCUUUUUGGGAGAUAUCAGCAAAAGUGGAUCUUCUUGAGCAAAACGUUUAAGGAAGCAUUUGUUGACAUAAAAAACUCAGAGAUUCAAGAGAAGUUUCACCCAGUGGAUAAAAUGUUUCAGGAAAUAAUUCAGAUCACAGUUGAUGAGCCUCAUGUAUUAAGAUUUGUUCAACUGACGAAGACAAAAGAGACCAGUCAAAGUUUCCAAGGACAAAGUCUUUGUGCUGUCUUCCUGAAUGGACUCAUAACAAUGGAAGAUAUUUCCAAUCAGUUGCUCUAUGUCUUGGAAUCACCACGAAGCCAGUUCCCUAGACUCUACUUUCUCAGUGAUGAAGAGGUGAUGAAGCUUCUCUCCUUGCAGCUCCCAGGACCUUCUUCCCUUUUACCACUGGUACAGAAAUGCUUUAGGGGUGUGAGGUGGCUUGAUAUUCAGGGUGAAGGCGAUGUGAGUCAUAAACAUGGCUUGACAGAUCUAUGUAAUGAGUUCAUGCGGGUAUGUGGUGUAUAUGGGGCCUUUAGGGAACAUGUUCCCUUCCUCUGUCCUCUUGAAUCAAAUCUCAAUCCUGUGGCUUGGCUUGGUCUCUUUGAUCAAAUGUUAUAUCAAGCAAUUAAACAGACAAUUCUGAAAUGCCUAGCUGUCCAGCAAUGUUCAGGGCUAGAACAGCUUGAGGACACUACAGACUUGAUUGGGAACAAUAAGAGUAACAAUUUAGAAGUAGCUCAUGAACCUCCCUCACUUUUGCAGCUUAUAUCACACUAUCCAUUACAAUGCCUUUUGGUGGCCGAAGAGGUUUUGUGGUGUAGUAUGAUCCAGAAGUCUUUCUAUAGUUCAACAAAAUCCACAUGGGCACCAAUCAAGUCCCAAAAUAUAGCAAAACUGCACUAUUUGUGUCAGGUUAUAAAAGACCACUCUGCAAAUUCAAAUGAUAAACGCAUCAUAAUAGCUCUACGUGCUUUGGUUAUGUUGACCAUGAAGCAUUCCCAGCAAACUGAUGGGCUUGUUGAAGUAGAAGGGGAACUGGAAUCUUCUUUUGAAUGGCACAAGUUACUGAAAUAUCACCUAAGCUCAAGUAAUAAUCAGACUCCAAGUGACAUAUUUACACCUCAAGAGGAUUUGGCAUAUAAGGACCAGGAUGUCUAUGUUGAUAUUUUGUGCACACAAUUGCAAUAUGGCUAUGAAUACAUAGGGCCUGAGAACUGGACAAUGGUGACUACCCCUUCAACUGAACAGGCUUACAUGGGCAUAGUCUUUGCCUUAUCCACCUACAAGUCUGCUUUCAUCAGUGGACCCCACAUGUCGGGUAAGCAGCAUACUGCGGUGCAGUUGGGAUAUGCAUUGGGAAGACAAGUGGUCAGUAUGGAGUGUUGUUCAAAGACUGUUUCCUCAAUGGUUUCUCAAAUGCUUCUUGGUGCUCUUCAAACUGGUGCUUGGCUUGUGCUUGAUUCUGUGGAUUCAAUGGGGCAAGGGUCAUUGUCUGUGUUGGGACAACAUUUAACAGAUAUUCAUCAACAUUUCUCAGCAGUUCAAAGACAUGUACAACAGGAAGGACAUGAGCCACUACUUGAUGUGGAAUGUAAAAUUCCUUGGAAAAACAAGUUAAAUUAUGGCUGUAUCACAAUUGCAGCAAAUGGGUACUCAACUGAGGUACCUGAAAACUUGAGAGUAGCUACCAGGCCUGUCUCAUUGAUGCAACCAAACUAUAGGAUCAUUUCAGAAGUGAUGCUGGUUUCAUUAGGAUUCUCUGAAGCAGCAACCAUAAGCCGCUGUCUGGUCUCUCUCUUCAGCCUUGCUAAGGAUUCACAUUGCCUUCCUGAUUUUGUCUGUGGUCAUCAGACCUCCUGGCUUGUCCUUCUUAAAAAUGUGAUUACUGCCUCUGGAACACAUUUGCAUCACAACUGUCAUUUGGAAGGAACUGACAGGGACACAUUUUAUAGACAGAGUUGGAGAGGAUCUGCUACAACACUUAAGCCACUUGAAACAAGCCAAGGCCAUUAUUCAUUGCAUUUUAAGUCUGUCAAUCAGUCUGAUGCGUUUAAAAAUGCAGAGUUAGAGGAGCAAGCAGUAAUCAAAGGAGUUCUGUCAGCCAUGCAGUUUACUGUUUCAGAUUCAAAGAGAGCAUCACAGUUUCUUAAAAUUUUUGAGGAAAUCUUUCCAAAAGCUGGGUAUUUUUCAAGUCUCCAAAAGUCUGAGGAGAGAGAACAAAAUGUCCUUACAAAUGCAGUGAAAGAAGAGUUACAGCAAAGAAGAUUUUAUGCAGAAAGACAGAUGCUUCAAAAUGUGCUGAUAUUGUAUCAAGCUUUGAAGCUCUCCAAUGUUAUAGUGCUCAUUGGACCAGCAGGAAGUGGCAAAACAACUUUGUAUCAAGUUCUUGCGAGUGCACUUCAGAAACUUGCCAAAACUAUUGAGGCUGACUUUAAUGAGGAUGAUAAUUAUUCAUCUUGUCCUUGUUGGAGCACCAUAAACACAGAGGUCUUAUUCCCAAAUUCCUUCUCCCACGAAGAGUUUUUUGGCAGUACCUGUGACCUGUACAAAUCUUGGUGUGAUGGGGCUUUCACCAAAGCCUUAAGACACUCAAAACAGCAUGAACAUUCGCCCAUGGCUUCUUCCAAAAGCAAAAAUAAAACUGUACAAAUAAUAAAGAGAGUAAAAUGGAUUGUGCUGGAUGGGGAUCCACUUGGCAAGCCAUCUUGGUUAGACUGUUUGACUACUCUUUGUGAUCUUGAAGGUCCCUUUCUUUGGCUUUCAUCAGGAGAGAAAGUUCAGCCAUUAAGAGCGGAACUGAAAAUACUAGCUGAGAUCAUAAACCUUGGUGAGGCAUCUCCCUCUUUAGUGACACACUGCAAUCUAGUAUAUGUCUCUGGAGAGAACAUGUGGAGAGCUGUGUGGAAGACUGAGAUGGAUGUGCUCUCUAGGGAGCAAAAUCUAGAUAAGAUUACUCUGAAAAUGUGGAGGCACCUAGCUGAAGAUCUUUUCUCAGACACUGUAAUGUUUCUCAGACAUAAGACACUUUCUCCAGUGAUGGCCUGUGAUGGAUGUGAAGGCAUACAAUCAUCUAGAAUUACAGAUGGCUUGCAGGAAGUAAUGUCAUUCAUUAGAAUUCUUCAUGCCCUUCUAGAGCAUUUUAGGAAAGGAGCAGGCUUGAAAAAUUCUUCAAGACAAACUGAGACAACAGUGCUCAAGCCAAGCUGUGCUGAUUUCAUUGCUCCCUCCACUCAAUGGGGAUUGGGAGCAAGAAAUGUAUUUGUUGUGGCUUACAUUUGGGGAUUUGGAGGACACUUGCACCCUAGACACUGGACACAAUUUGAUCUUUUUGCACGAGAGGCCCUGCAUAAGAGCCUUUGCAAAGUUGAGACUCCACCUGAAGGCACAGUGUUUGAGCAUUUCUUCGAAUUUUAUGAGGAAAUAGGAGAAACAAACAGUUUCAUCAACCCCACCAAGCAUAUGAGUCUACAGCUCUCCUUCACAUAUGUGCCCCAGUAUGAAAAGCAUGCAUAUCUCCUGGAAAUUCUGCUGGAUGCUCAUCAGCCAGCACUUCUUGUGGGAGAGUCUGGCUCUGGCAAAACAAUACUGUGCAAGUCUUUAUUAUCACAAGGCAGACCACACAAGCAUUUACCAGCUAGUCCGUGUCUUCAAACUUCUGACUUAUGCAAGAUAUUCAAGGGAAUGGGCUACCAAAACACUCAACCAGAAAACAUUGGGGAUGCCUUAAAACAGCCAAACUUACUUCUGUUCAUCGAUGACCUGCAUGAAGCACCAUUUGAUGCUUGUGGGAAAACAUCAAUGACUCUUGAGAUCUUGCGGCAGUCUAUUUCGAGGGGUAGAGUGUUGAAUUCUGACGGAUAUCACCUCAAGCUGUUGCAAACAAGAGGCAUUAAUUAUCUAGGCACUUGCAGUGCUCCUUACGUGGGCAACAGAAAUUGCAUUCAGAUUUCUCCUCGGCUUUAUCGGCUGUUUACCAUCUUGGCCCUACCAAGCAUGACUUUGGAAAUCUUGUUUUCUAUCCAUUCUUCAAAAUUGCAACCAUGGUUGAAGGAAAUAAAACCAGUACAAAGGGUUGCAGAUAUGGCAAACUGUAUCAUUACUUCAACUCUGAAUGUCUAUGUUGCUGUGCUUGAAAAUUUUACAACUGCUUCAUGCAGUCUAAACGUAUUGUUUUCUUUGCAUGAUAUUCGAAAAGUGUUUCAAGGGAUGUGCCUCUGGAGGCCAAUGCUUGAUACCCAGCAGACUGUACUAAAGAUGAGCUGUCUGGGUGUUAGGACCUUCUCUUCAACUGAGAAAACUGCCUGUCUUCCAGCAGUUCUUAGUCUUGCAGCCCUUGAGCUUAACAUUGCUCGCCUGUGGAUGCAUGAGUGUUUGCGCACCUUUGGUGAUCGUCUAGCUUCAGUUGAGGCAUGCAAAAAACUUGUUUCAAUUAUAGCUGAAGUUUCUGAGAAGAAUUUUGGCACUAAGUUGUCUACUCAGUACCAAACAACCCCAGCAGAUAUAUCCAGUCCUAAUGAUCAAUCAACAGUGACAAACACUCAUAAUCUGAACCAACAUCUACUUUCAACCCCAUGCCAGUUAGAAAAGAAUGCUCUUCCUGUGCUAGGACUGGCAGACAUUGAGUCAGUACAGACAGAGAGAGUAGAGAGCUAUGUUUCAAAGAGCAACUCAAGCCUGAAUUGUUCAGAAUGUGAUGAGGAUGCAUCCUUAUACAAAAAGAACAAAUUAAAAGAUGAUGAAAUUGUUGAGCGCGAACCAGUAACAUCAGAGUGUAAAUAUGAAUCUGUAAGUGAAUCACUAUGCAGUCAAUCUCCUUCUGGUGAAGAGAAAGAUGUUUCAAAGCUAGCAUCACAGAAAGAGUUAUCCACUCAACAUGUCCCUUUAACAACAUGUGAAAUAAACACCCCAAAAAUAUUAAUUGAGCUUCUGCAGGAAUGUGCUUCUUCCAUCCAAAAUGUUGUCUUCAGUCCAGAACUUUGUGGGCAACUGAACAACAAACUUCAACAUCAUAGUUUUAAACGCAACUCCAUGUAUCAAGAGAGAGACGUGGAUGUGCUGAUAGACCAGCUAGUUCAUGCUAUUAAAAGCAGGGACGAAAAUAUAGAGGAAAAGUCUGAUAACAAUUACUACAGCCCUACAUGGGCUGUGCAUCAUCAGAAUGUAUAUCAGCUUGUGCGUAUCCUCCGAGCUUUUCUUAUUCCCGGUGGACAUGGAGCUCUAUUUGGAACAGCAAAGAAAACGGGCAGAAAGUCCAUUAUACGCCAAGCUGUCGCUCUGGCAGGAUACCAACUAAUUGAGGUUCAUCCUGGAAAUGAGGCGAAGUUGCGGGAAAUGUUAAAAGAGGUUGGGAACCAAAUAGCUGGGAAUGGUGGAUCGUUGGCUCUACUGGUUCACGAGGAUACCAGCCAGGCUGUUAAGGAAGAGCUGCUACUAAUGAUGGCAAAUGGAACUCUUCCUGGACUUUAUUCAGAUGAGGAAGUGAAGAACGUGACACUUUGGAUGAAAACACAAGGCAUGAAGAACUCACAGCAGCUGUUGAAGGAUGACCAAGCUCUUGAAAUGUAUUUCAAAAGCAUCAAAAGAAAUAUGCAUGUGUUCCUGCUUUAUCCUCUACUCUUGGACAAGAGUGAAAGACAGUCUGGAAACUCUUUAGUUAGUGAGAAACAUAUCUCCAAGGCUUUGAACCUAUGUUGUUGUGUAGAAGUGUAUCAACCUUGGACCACAGAAGCUUUGGUCGAAAGUGCCUUUGGUUUGUGUGUUUGUGUCCCACUAGUUGCCAAGGAUAACUUAGUGGCUAGUAUUUCUAAGGCGAUGGCAGGAAUUCAUCUGUCUGCUACAAAAUAUGCUGUCACACUGCUUAAUUUUCAUCCAUUCAGUCCUCGGUCCUAUACAGAGCUGAUGGUUCAGUUCUUCUGUCAUUGCCAGCACCUCUUCGAGCAAAACAGAUUUCAGGAUAACCAGUUGGCAAAGGUUCUAGCAAGUGUUAAGGAAAUGUCUGACACAGCCGCAAGGCACACUCAAGUAGUUCUGUGUUUCAGGGCCAAAUGUGAAGAAAAACAGAAGUGUCUGGACCAGCUGCAGAUGUCAAUAGACUUGGCCCAAAAAAGCUGGGAACAGACCCGCCACCAUAGUUUGCAGGAAGAGAACUACCUUUCCCAGCUAGAGGGUCAAUUACUUCAAGUUCAGCGACAAAUUCAAGAUGCCUUUAAACAGGUAAGCCCACUGUACCAGCUAGCUGUGGAAGUACUGCAGUCGUUGAACUACUCUGACUUCGAAGAGGUCCGGAACUACAGGGCUCCCCCCGAAAUAGUGGUCAGAGUCAUGGAUAUUAUAUGCAUAUUAUUCAACCAUCCAUGUGGCUGGGAAAGCUGCAAACAACUUCUGAGGCGUUCCAGUUUCUUUCAGGAACUGGAAUUUUUUGACUGCUCUAAAUUAAGUGAUGAGAUGAUUCAAACUUUGGGGCAGUUCGUACAGGAACCAAGCUUCCAGCCAAGCUGUGUGCGAGAUGUGAGUCAGGCAUGCGAGUCUUUAUGUCACUGGGUUAGGGCAGUGUACCAGUAUGCUUGUGUACAGUGCCGUAUGGCCCCUAAAAAGGCUCAAAAGCAUGAUUUAGAUGUGCUCAUGAAAGAAAGUCUAGCUAGGUUGAGGGAUGCCAGGCUGAAAGAAGAACUGGCACGGGAAGGACUAGAAGACCUGCAGAGACAGCAGGAGCUCAACAGACAUGACAUGGAGUUGCUAGAGGCUCAGCUUAGCACAGCAGAGGCACAUGAGAGGAAGACAUCUGCUGCUCUCAAGAUGGUGGAAUGUCACAUUGAAGAUUGGACACUGGCAAAAAAGGAAGAAAAACUGAGUAAUCACAAUAUUCCAGGUGAUGCUCUGCUUUUGGCAGGCACUGUAACAUACUUGGGUCCAUUUGGGCCUGAUAUUCGACAGGAGCUGCUGCAGAAGUGGUACAAACUUGGUCUCACUGGUGAAAUUAACAUAAAAUCUGAGGACCCACGUAUGACAAUUUUUAAUGUAGUACCCCUUACAGCCUCUGAAAACUAUGUUCCCAUUCCUGUAAGUAAGACAUUUCAAAUAGCCUUGAAUCGGGCACUUGGCCUAGAUCUGCACCUCAUUCAGGGAGAUUACUCUGAUCUGGUCCGGAAUGUUCUAAUCUGGGGGCACAGAGUUCCCUGUGUUCAAAGCUGGCCUCUAUUGGCAGAUGUACCUCAACAUGAGGAGCUCACUUCUAAAACAUUGUUUUCUUCUGGUCAGUAUUACAAUAAAGAAAAAUGCAAAAAAAAGGUACUUACAGUUGCUGCUGAUGAUCCAGAGUUACUUGAUAAACUAAAUCAUGGAGCAGAAGAAGGUCUAAGAGUAUUGGUGACACAUAUUGAACGAGCACUGCAAGACCUAAAAACCCUUGAGGUGUUUGUUCAUCUAGCAGGUCGUCAGUCUUUUGAUCAGAGUCGUCCUGUUAAAGCUGCUCAUUCUGAUUUUCACCUCUUUAUGAGUACUUCUCUCUCAGUUCGAGAUCUGGUAAAUGAAAUUCACCCUUCCUUCCUGGAUGAUGUUCAAAUCAUCGAUCUUUCUUUGAGCACAACUGAAGUUAAAGAUCUUAUUUUGGCAGAACUGAUGCAAUCAGAGUGUUCAAAACUAUGGACUUUACACUGCCAAGUACAGACAGAAAAACAGAUGCUUCAGCAUAACCUUUGUCAAAACAAGGUUUCCUUGAUCGAGUACAUCUUGAAUACUUCCACACCUCUGCUUCUGGAUCCUAAGUUCCUCCCUCACGUGAAUACAUGUCAGAGUGUCUCUCUUGGACUUGAGACAAAAAUCAAGAAGCUGACCAAAGAGAUAGAUCAUCACAAAUCCCUAAUGGCUGAUUUUUAUAGAGUCGCAGAACUCACCACGGCCAUUUACAACGCCCUACAGGAUGUGGUCCAACUUUCCCCUUGUUACCUUUUUACUCUACGCAGUUUUCUCCUCACUAUACGAUCAGCUUUAGCCCAGAAGAGCCCAGAUAUGAGGUUUCAUGGAGAGAUGGUGCCGAGUGCAGUCAUAGCUGAGAUUACCCAGAGGAUUGUUUCUAAUUUUUUCUCUCUGUAUAAAUCCUGCUUGUUACAGAGCCAUGCAGCAUUACUCAGACUGAUGGUAUCUGUGGCACUUAUUGUGCACCAUGAAGGCUGCUCUGAUGCUGAACGAGUCACUUUCCUCAGAGGAUUGAGCGACUUGAAAUUUCAUGAACCUUUUUUAGCAUUAUCCACACAGUCUAUCCCUGAACUUCCGAGCUGGAUUCAAACAUGCACGCAAGCUGAUAUUUAUCUCUUAGAGACAAUAGCACCCUUCAGAGGUCUAGUGUCAUCUCUGGUAAAUUCAUCCAAGUUAUGGCAGGAGUAUCUACACUUUCCUUCAUCCACAGUAACUGGGCCUGUCCCUUGUCAGUCUCACUCCCAUUUGUCCACAAUUCAGCGUGCUAUUCUCUGGAAGACGCUGUGUCCUCAUUGGCUAGCAGCAGUGGAAGACGACCUUGCAGCUUGUUUGCAAGGAAGUAUGCUGCAUUCAGAUGUUACUGAAGGCCCUCCAAUGGGCUCUCCAGAAGCGCUCUCCAACCUUUUGUCCAAACAUGAAGGUCCUGUAGUUGUACAUCUGCCAGAUAAAAAUGAAACUGCACCUAUAAGAAUCCAUCCUCUUCACUUGAUUAAACAGGUUGCUCAGUACCAAGCAGAAAAGAAAGGGGUGAAUGUGAAUGUUAUUUCUUUCGGGACUGGUUGUCAUGGAGAUGCUGUUCUCUCAUCGCUGGACAGUGCUGUCCAGAACGGCCACUGGCUAGUCCUUAACAAUUGUCAUCUCCUUGAUGGUUGGGAUGUCAGAGUUGUAAAUGAGUUAACAGAAAUAGUGUCAUACACUACAAAAGAUCUGGAGGCAAAUGGAGGAUCUUUUCGUAAUGGUAGAAGUGUAGUAAAGAUUGUGCAUCCCUGUUUUAGACUUUGGCUCAUAACCAAAGGUGACAAACCUCAAUCAGUUCCAGCUGUAGUUAGAAUCAGUGCCCUCCAAUUGGUGUGGGAUUCAUCCUGGGAUCUGAAGGAUGAAUUGUUGUCCUCAACUAGACUAACGCUGUCUGCAGCACUCUCCUUCUCUCCUGGACACUCUAUGGACACGGUGAGGCCUCUUCUGCAGUGUGCCAUCCUACACUCUGUCCUGAUGCAAAGACAGACAUUCAAACACUUGGGCCAAGGGCAACUUUACUUUUGGACACAGGAAGAUCUGCUCGCACUGAUUGAUGCACAUGUCCGCAUAGCCAAACACUGUAGUGAUCCCACUGGUGCAUUAGAAUACAUAGCAGGUUACUUGGUAUAUGGCAGUCAUGUUUCAGACCAUGCUGAUCUAGCAGCUGUGCAGAGUAUUGUUAGGGUGUGUCUAGGACAACCAUCUACAUUGUGGGGACGUGGCCCUCACAUUCUUUCAGAUAUCAUUAGCUUUACAGGAAGAUUUGAUGCUGGAUCCCUAUUGGAAGGCUUGAGACAUCGUAUUCAGUCCAUCACUUGUGGUACUGACCCAUUAAUUCUGGGCUUUAGUCCAAGUAUGGCAGGUGAUAUGGUGAUUCUCAAAAGUCACACCCUCAACAUUCUACUGUACCAGUUGCAGAGCAUCUACGGAGAUGUCAUAGGAAGCCAUGGUCCCCUUGUUAUGCAACCCCAACAACUUGAAGACUACAAGCUGGUUAGGGAAAGGUUGCUAACUUUGCAAGUCAAGUUGAGACAGAGGGAUAACAGCAUUGGUGUGGGAAUGGAAUCUGCAUAUCUUGGUCCAUUACAUUGUUUCUUCCUGGCAGAGUGGGAGCGUUUGAGCAAGCUGGUGUCUUCCUUGCUUUUGAAAAAUUUUAAGCCAAUUAAAAAUAACAUAAUAGGCUCCAAUCCUGCAUAUCUAACAUCAUCAGCUCUCUCACGCCUAGAGACUCAAGCAGAACUUCUCAGAUCAUACCUGUGGGAGGAGUCAACCAGUAUUUCACCUCAUGCUUAUCAAUUGGCUGCCUUUCUUAAUCCCCAAGGCUUUCUGGCAGCUCUGAUCAGAGAUGCAGCCCACAUCCAACAGAAGGAUAUCAGCCUAUUCUGUAUGCAUUUCAAGGUGCUUGGUGAUACUGUAACACCAUCCUCUUCACCCCAAAGUGGAGUCUACCUAUCUGGACUUGAACUACAGGGAGCGCUGUGGGAUCCAGGGCUUGAAGUUCUAGAGGAUACUCUAUCCCCCGAAUCUACCCAUUUCCCAGCCCUCUGGGUCAGUGUUGAAAAGGGGGAAGAUGAUAGAAGCUCUUCCAUUAAUAGCCCACAUUUUAAUUCCUCCUCCCUGCCUCUCUAUUACUGUCCUUUGUAUGUAAACAGACAAACUACAGAUGGAGAUCACUGUCUAUCUGCUGACAACAUUAUCACCCAUGUUCCACUCUCAACAAAAUUAGAUCCAGUGCUGUGCACUAUGAGACGAGUUAGGUUAACAAGUACUCUCCUGCAAUACCCCCAGUGAGGAAUAGUUUUAAAAAUCUGAUCUGUGAAGAAAUAAAAGGGAAGUAUGAAAAACAAAAUGUGUCAUUUUUGCAUUAUCAUUAUUGCAAACUUGCUUAUCUUACAGAUGGUGAAACACAUCUGAUAAUCUUUCAUAGAAAACUUGUGUUUAGUGGACUUAUUUUUAUGUUAUACAUUAUCAAUGAUCUUUUUAUUUUUUUGUUUUAGUAUUCACUUAUAAAGACUUCUAGAAAGAACAAUGUUUUGUUUUUGCCAUUUUUCUCAUUUUGUGCUCUUAUCAUUUCAUGUGUGUU